GAAACAAAACAAAGCUGCAUUCAAGACUGCGCUUCAACUGGAACUGGGUGCUUUGAUGACAAAACCUUCUAUCUCUUUUUAAAAAGAAUAAUUUAAACCGCGGGUCACAGAGCUGAAAUGCAACAUGAUCGGUAGUCUGAAAUCAAUACAACUACGGUUUAGAGUGUCAGAAACGCUCCGUCUACGCUCAUUGUCUUCCCCUCUCUAUGCGGUGGGACGUUCACGAGCACCCGGCCCACAGAUGAUUCAUUAGGCAACGACGCUACCGCGAGCUGCUGAUGCCCACUUCCUGUAUUCUCAGCAACAGGAGCCAACAAACGUCUCGUUUUUUUAUCCCGAUAACCACAAGACGAGCUUCGGUUUUUGAACUCCGGCAUCGCCGGCUCGCGCUGAGGACUGUCGCCGCUCUGCUGCUGCUGUCAUGGUGGAGACUCCAGCCGGCUGUCUGUUUGAAGACAUCCAGUAUGAAGACAUCCAAGUUGAAGCGGCUGUUGGCAGAGGGACAUUUGGAGUUGUCUUCAAGGCCGUGUGGAAAGGACAGGACGUAGCCAUCAAGACCAUCGAGAGUGAAAACGAAAGGAAUGCGUUCCUAGUUGAGCUCCGCCAGCUGUCCCGGGUGAAUCACCCCAACAUUGUGAAGCUGUAUGGCUCCUGUGACAAUCCAGUUUGUCUGGUCAUGGAGUAUGCAGAGUGUGGCUCUUUAUACAACCUCCUGCACAGUGCCGACCCUCAGCCCCACUACACGGCAUCCCACGCCAUGAGCUGGUGUCUGCAGUGUGCCCAGGGAGUCGCCUAUCUGCAUUCUAUGAAGCCAAAGGCCUUAAUCCACCGGGACCUCAAACCACCCAAUCUGCUGCUGGUGGCUCGUGGCACCGUGCUGAAGAUAUGUGACUUUGGAACAGCUUGUGAUAUUCAGACCUACAUGACCAACAAUAAGGGCAGUGCAGCCUGGAUGGCACCGGAGGUGUUUGAAGGCAGCAACUACAGUGAGAAGUGUGACGUGUUCAGCUGGGGCAUCAUCCUGUGGGAGGUCAUCACACGCAAGAAGCCCUUCGAUGAGAUCGGCGGCUCUGCGUUUUGUAUAAUGUGGGCAGUCCACAGAGGUACACGGCCUCCUCUCAUCAAAGACCUCCCAGAGCCCAUAGAGACUCUGAUGACCCGCUGUUGGGACAAAGAACCCAGCCAGAGACCGUCAAUGGAGGAGGUCAAGAACACCAUGAAACAUCUCAUGAAGUACUUCCCAGGCUCCGAUGAACCGCUCAAGCUCCCUCACCAGUCUUCACCCAACAGAAGCGGCUCUUCAUCGGCCACGAGCACAGGCUCGUAUGCGGACUACACCAUGAACAGCAACAGGAGCGACGACAACACAGAGCGCAGGAACUCAGUCGGCAGGGAGGAGACCCUGAAAAGCUUUGAGGCCAAGUUUCCCCUCCAGUUCAAACCCUCAAAGACAGCCACGUUGCGUACCGGUCUGUCCAAAGUGUCCAGUGUAGACAGUCAACCGGGACGCUCCCAAAGCCCCACCCCCUGCACCAGCCCCAUAACCACCACCGGCCAAUCAGAGCUGAGGAUGACCAUUAGUCCCACAGCUACCAAUGGUUUAGACAGCUCCAUUCCCAUGGCCUACCUGAAACUGGAUCACCAGUUACAGCCUCUGGCCCCGUGUCCCAACUCCAAAGAGUCCAUGGCCGUGUUUGAACAGCACAUCAGGAUGGCUCAGGACUACCUUAAAAUCCAGUCAGAGAUCGCUGACCUCGCUCGCAGGAAAAAGUGGAGAGUGUGUCGUGUGUUUGAACAGAUCCUUCUCAAACAAGAGGAGCUCAUGUCUGAGCUGGAGCAGGACCAGAGGGAGCAGCAGACCUCAUCCAGACUCAUCCAGGAGCACAGCAAGCUGCUGGAGGACAACAGCAGCCUCUCCUCCAACUGCCAGGGCCUGAGGAGCAAGCUGAGCCUGAUCAAGAACCAGAACCAGCAACACAGCUAGGACCCGCUCCACCUUGUCUUCACCACCGGCUCUUUCUCCGACGCAUGAGAGGAAUCACUCCAUGAACCGACCUUCAAAGUAGGGAAAGCCCUUUAUGUUGAGGAAAUCGACAUAUGUGUCUUACGUCAGAACCAUGUGUCAGGAGAUCACGGAUGGGCCCGUUGGUCGAGAACCUGUCCCAAACUGAAUUCAAACGACAAACAUUUCCCAUCAGUGCCAAAAAUUCACUCCCACUGGAGAACACCAAUGCAGAGGGUGUCGACACUACAGGAAAAUAAGUGAAAGUUCUUCUUUUUUAGUUAUUACGGUUUUUAAUGAUUUCAAUUUGACUUUCAAAUAAACUAGCACGUCCUUUCUGGGCCUCCGUACAUUAGAUGGUGGGUUGGCCAUAACAGUCAGUAUUCACAUUGGUAUUGAUGGGUGGACCAAGGACAUUCACAUGGACUUGUACUCUGAAAUGGACCUAAAGGUGACUUGCCUUUUUUUUUUUUUUUUUUUUUUUUUUUUCUUCCAAGCCAGUGAGUUUUAUUUGACUAUAUUUUCUCUUUUUUUUGAGUUGUUUAAAAGUAACUACGAUUGUAAUUUGUAAAUUCUUACCUUUUACAUAUUCAGUAUAUCACCUAUUGUAUUAUGAUUUAUGAAAAGAGGAGAGGUACCGACAGUGUGGGCCGUAUCAUUUUAAUCAUUUCAAAUAUUUUACUGUGAAUACAAGACGUAACCAAAGGAGUUGUGCUUCAGAGCCGCGCUGCCUCGGAGCAAAAGAAAAGCUUUGUGUUUGAAAUGGAAAUAACUGUGGAAUAAUGAACCUGGCAGACAUCUCUAUAUCGCUUUCAUUUCUCUUUCCUUUCGUUACUUUUUUUACACACACUUAUAUUUCACAGAAUGAUAUUGACAUUGUUCUGCACUGCACUUAUUUGGGUCAAAGGAAUGUGUUGUAGUCUCACUUUGGUCGGGUGGUUUCUAUGACAGCGGGGUUACUCUGGGAUGGCUUGUUGUUUGAAUGCAUCUCUUCAGACGCUGCCUAAGGAUUGUUCUUGUACAGUUAAUCUUUUUCAUCUCAGUUUAUUUCAUAAAACAUGUCUCCUGUGAUUUUUAAAAUGUACAGACUGCAAUGAUAUGCUUUUAGAGAGUAAAAACAAAGUUUGUAGUA